AUGGAAGAGGUGAUAAGGAUACGACUUGUAGAGCCAGAGGAGGAGGAGACCCCAAUUACACCUCUCGUCUGUUUCAAAAGAGAGGACAUGAAACGUUUUGAGGAAACUGAGGAAUGUUUCAUCUUAGACUUUGACCCAUAUGACUCGUUCAACUUCUCCAAGGUUUCCUUGAACGACAAAAAUAGCCACCACAGUGAUGCUGCUCAAGAUGUUCACAUUGUUGGUGAAAACGGUAAGGUAGCUUGCAGGGAUUACCCGCAUCCAAGACAUCUGUGUCUUAAAUUUCCGUUUACUACAACACCACAUCGGAGCUAUUGUGAAAUGUGUUACUGUUGCGUAUGCGAUGAAGCUGCUCCUUGUAAGCAGUGGACCCGAUUUACAUCCCCACACUGUGAUGCAUCUGCUAGGGAUGGAUAUGCUACUGAAGGAGGAGCCGAAUACCUAUCUGAUGAUGAGUCUUGGUUCUAG